AAAUAUAAUGUAUUAAGCAGCCCACAUUCUCUUCAAUUCUGUUUUAAGUAUAUAAGCUGUUUUCGCUUCCUACUGCUUCCCACUAUCUCGUGAUACCUUUGGAUGUGUUCUUGUUCUGCACAUUCAAAGAAAUGAGUCAGAGCGCCUUCAGACUUUCAUUCGUUCCCUUGUUCUGCCUCUUGUUCCUCAGUCAUUUUGUGUGGAGUCAACUUGACUAUAAGUUCUAUGAUUCCACGUGUCCGAACCUGACAAAGAUUGUCAGAUUCAGCGUGUGGUCUGCUAUUGCCAAUGACACUAGGAUGGCAGCGUCUCUCCUGCGCUUGCACUUCCAUGACUGUAUCGUUGAUGGCUGUGAGGGGUCCGUGUUGCUCGAUGAUACUAGCACCAUUAAGGGGGAGAAAAACGCUUUUCCUAAUCAAAAUUCGGCUAGAGGUUUUGAGGUCAUUGACGCAAUAAAAGCUAACGUCGAGAAAGCAUGCCCAUCAACUGUUUCUUGUGCUGAUAUACUCACUCUUGCAGUGAGAGAGGCUGUCUUUCUCGCUGGAGGGCCUUUCUGGGCUGUACCCUUAGGUCGUCGAGAUGGCUUAACAGCUAGUGAGGCUGCAGCUAACAGAGAUGUUCCAUCACCUUUUGAGCCUUUGAAAAAUUUGACUGCAAAAUUUACUGCAAAGGGAUUAGACAUAAAAGACAUGGUUGUGCUCUCAGGUGCACAUACUAUAGGCUUUGCCCAGUGCUUCACAUUCAAGCAAAGGCUCUUCAACUUCGAUGGGUCCGGUAACCCUGAUCCGACCCUUGAUGCAUCUCUGCGAAGCAAUCUGCAGAGUGUGUGCCCAAAUCGAGAUGAUUCAAACACCAACUUGGCUCCACUGGAUCCUGUUUCUUCUACCAAGUUUGACAACGUCUAUUACAAGAACCUCUUGAACAGUUCUGGCCUGCUCCAGUCGGACCAAGCGCUUAUGGGGGACAACACAACUGCUGCAUUGGUGAACAUCUACAGCAAGUUCCCUUUGCUUUUCGCAAAGGAAUUCGGAGCGUCAAUGGUGAAGUUGAGCACCGUUGGUGUGCUUACCGGACAAGAUGGGCAGAUAAGAAAGAAUUGCAGGGUAGUGAACUAGAAAUCAAACUGUGUGCUAAUUGGUAAGCAUUUCUAAGGGUCGUAAGGCUUUGCUAAUAUGAAAUGUGUAUCGUAACAUAAAGCAAGUUUUAACAUCUGAUGCAUGAAUAAGAAACUGUUGGAUGCCA